AUGGGUGAGGCAUCCUAUGUGAUUGGAAUUGAAAUAUUCCGUGACCGAACACAUGGAUUGUUAGGAUUGUCUCAAAAGGCCUAUAUUAAUAAAGUUUUUGAGAAAUUUAUGAUGGACAAAUGCUCUUCAAGUGUAGUUCCAAUUCAGAAGGGAGAUAAAUUUAGUCUCAUGCAAUGUCCAAAAAAUGAAUUGGAACGAAAUCAGAUGGAAACUAUUCCUUAUGCAUCUAUUGUUGGAAGCUUAUUGUAUGCACAAACUUGCACUAGACCAGACAUCAGUUUUGCUGUGGGUAUGCUAGGUAGGUAUCAAAGUAAUCUAGGAAUGGAUCAUUGGAAAGCUGCAAAGAAAGUUUUAAGGUAUCUGCAAGGAACAAAGGAUUAUAUGCUUACUUACAAGAGAUCUGAUCAUCUUGAGGUGAUUGGAUAUUCAGAUUCAGAUUUUGCCAGAUGUGUGGAUACAAGAAAAUCCACUUUUGGCUAUUUGUUCCUGUUAGAUGAAGGAGCAAUUUCAUGGAAAAGUGAAAAGUAG